AUGAAUACUUUAGCAGAACUUCUACUGGUAGAGUUUAUACUGGCAGAACUUCUACUGGCAGAACUUCUACUGGUAGAGUUUAUACUGGCAGAACUUCUACUGUUUCCCUCAAAAUUGAAUACUUUAGCAGAACUUCUACUGGUAGAGUUUAUACUGGCAGAACUUCUACUGGUAGAGUUUAUACUGGCAGAACUUCUACUGGCAGAACUUCUACUGGUAGAGUUUAUACUGGCAGAACUUCUACUAGUAAAGUUUCUACUGGUAGAACUUCUACUGGCAGAAUUUCUACUGGUUAUAUAUGGUGUCAAUUUUUUAAAAAAUUUUGAAUUCAAUGAGUUAUAUCAAAAAUAA